AUGGAUUCCACCUCAAUGUCUUUUGGAAAUGCUCUUUCCUCUCUGCAACUGGGGAGUAACCACGGCGGUACCAUUAACUUCAACUCUCCUGGCCAAUCAGAAGCUCCACAGCAAGAUAAAGACAAUGUGGUUCUCAAAUCCCUGGCAUUUCCUCAAAUGUUAGAUCGGAGGGACAACAUUGAGCGAUGUCAUGCCAACACCUGCGAAUGGAUCCUGGAAAUGGAAGACUACAAGACCUGGAUGAGUAGUUGUCAUGGCUUACUUUGGGUCAAAGGAAAGCCGGGUGCAGGCAAAUCGACCUUGAUGGCAUUUCUCUACGACAAACUCGAGAAAUGUCGGGGAAAUGAUCGACGUGGGGGUAUUCAACUCGAUUUUUUCUUUACAGCUCGAGGUUCUGAGCUACAGAGAGCGCCGCUUGGUAUGUUCAGGUCUUUGCUCAACCAGAUAUAUGCCUCAGACGACACUGUGCGCUGUGCCGUCCGCGAGGCUUAUGAAAAACGAUGUCGGCUGUUUGGGCAUAACGAUGAACACAAAUGGCCACAGAAAACACUGGAAGAGCUACUGACGGGUGCUAUUCUCACAUCGGCAAGUCAGCAGCAAGUGAGAGUCUUUGUGGAUGCUCUGGACGAGACAGGGGCUGAGUCCGCCCAGCAGCUGGCAGCAUAUUUCCAUCGACUUAGUACUCGUGCUAGAAAGGAGAACAAAUCUGCGUCGAAGAUCAUAAUCGGGGGGGAUAUCGCGACAUACAUCGACGAUGUUCUUGCUGAUAUGGAAGAAGAGGAAGAUAUCACUCCAGAUUUGAAGGGUGAACUUAUGAAGCAGCUGACUGAACGAGCAAAUGGCGUCUUCCAAUGGGCUCAUAUCAUGGUUCCUCUUCUUCAACAGCGAGUUCUUGACGGAAAUUCGUUGGAUGAUCGGAAAAUGCCAAAAUAUCCCCCCCCAACAAAAACAUGGGAGAAUAUUGAAGGAUUUGUCGACAGCGACAAACGCAUGAAGCGAAAAAUCAAAGCUCUUUCUGGCGGCCUGGUCGAAGUAGUACCUGGUGAGCUGGAAUUUAAGGACUCACCCUGGGGAUUUGAAGGGAAUUUGGAGUCUUGUCUGGUCUACUUAGCCACAGCAAACACGCCUCGAAAGUUGACGAAAAAUAAAUUGAUUCAGAGCUACCCGUUUCUUCCAUACGCCACCAAGAACCUCUUCAUUCAUGCGGAAAAAAGUGCCGACUCUCGAAUUGAGGUGCUUCAAAAUGAAAUUGAUACCCUUCAGCGGCUGUUCGACCGAUGGCUCAGCAUCCAUCGAUGCUUUGGCGAAGAGGUCACAUCCCAAGACACAUUCCCACCGCUCGGCACCAAACUCUCACACGUGGCUGCAUUAUACAACCUAGUCGAUGUCAUAGAAUGGCUGGCCUCAAAUAGCGAGGAUUUGAGGUCCGAAGACCUCGACGGAAAUACAGCGUUUCAUUUCGCAGCUCGACGUGGUCAUAUAGCAGUGGCAAAGAUCCUGCGACAGAAUGGAGCAGACUGUGGGGCAGAAAACACAAAAUCUGGAAAAACGCCAUUGAUUGAGGCGGCCGAAAAUGGAAAUCUGGAAUUUGUCGAAUGGCUCCUAAACGGGGGAGUAGAUAUCGACCAGGCGGCGCACGAUGAGGGAAACGCGCUGCAGGCGGCUUCAGAAAAUGCUCAUCAUGCGGUGGUGGCAAUGUUACUCGAAGCGGGAGCAGAUGUCAAUGCUCAAGGUGGGCUUUAUGGCAACGCUCUACAAGCUGCUACUUAUUGUGGAAAUAUUGAAGCAGUUCAACUACUACUAGAUGCUGGGGCCGAUGUCAAUUCCCAAGGCGGCAAAUUUGGCAACGCUCUACAAGCUGCUGCAGGGCAGGGAAAUAUCAAAGUGGUCCAGCUACUCCUAGAUGCCUCUGCCAAUGUCAAUGCCCAAAGUGGUAAAUAUGGCAAUGCUCUGCAAGCUGCUGCAAGGUACGGAAGAAUCAAAGUAGUUCAACUACUACUAGAUGUCGGGGCCGAUGUCAAUGCCCAAGGUGGCCGAUAUGGCAAUGCUUUACAAGCUGCUGCAGGGCAGGGAAAUAUCAAAGUGGUCCAGCUACUCCUAGAUGCCUCUGCCAAUAUCAAUGCCCAAGGUGGUAAAUAUGGCAAUGCUCUACAAGCUUCCGCUUUCGAUGGAGAUAUCAAAGUAGUUGAAUUACUACUUGACGCUCAUGCAGAUGUCAAUUCCCAAUGUGUCACAUACGCCAGUGCUCUACAAAUUGCUUCAUUUUAUGGAGAUAUCGAAAUAGUCCAAAUACUCCUCGAUGCCCAUGCUGAUGUCAAUGCCCAAGGUGGUCGAUAUGGCAAUGCUUUACAAGCCGCGAAAAGAACAGGACAAACCAUGAUCGUGCAGAGGCUAUUAGACGCCGGUGCUCAUGAUAUUUCAAUGGUCGAGUCCAUGGAAUCUGAUUGA